AUGGCUUCCAUAAAUAAUAAACUUCGACGUCAGAGAUACUACGAAUCCGUAUUAAUCAGUUCUGUCAAUCGAACUGAACAAUCACAUACAAAUUUAGAUUCAUCAUUUAUCUAUUUUCAAUUGUUAAUCGAUAUUCUAUUGAAAUCAAAUUGUGUUUAUUCAUUACAUGAUUUUAUUCAUAUUUGUAAAUAUGAAUAUUAUAAUGAUUUGGUCGAACAACGACGAAUUGACGAAUUUCAUCAAACCUAUACUCAGGAAACAUCAAUCGAAUGGUACACAAAAGACUGUUUUGUUUAUCGUCUGUUGAACCGCGUACUUCGCCAACAGAAUACUGAUUUAUUGAUUAAAUUUCAAUUUCUAAUUAAGGAUAUUUAUGAACAAUUGGAACAGUUCCACCAACAGCAAAAACGAGAUUGGGAUCAUCAUCAAUAUGUUUAUCGAGGUCAGCUAAUGUCAACGGACGAAUUAAAUCAUAUGAAAUCGAAUAUAGGCGAAUUAAUAUCAAUGAACAGUUUCCUGUCUACAACUCUCGAUCGUGAACUAGCUCGUGAAUUUAUAUGUUGUACUGAAAAUAACCACAAUUAUCAAACUGUUCUGUUCGAAAUAGAAAUUGAUCGUUCAUCAAAAAGGAAACCAUAUGCAAAUAUAACACAGCAAAGUCAUUUUGAUUCGGAAGAAGAAAUCUUGUUUAUGAUCGGAUCGAUAUUUCGAAUUGUUGCAAUUAAUCAUGAACCUGAAUUGAAUACUUGGAUUGUUCAGUUAGUUUUUUGUGAUGAUAACGAACUUGAAUUGAAACCGAUGUAUGAUUAUAUGAAAAUGGAAUUUGUUAAUAACAAAUAUGCAUUGGGAAAACUACUGUGGCAAAGGUGUGAAUUCGAUCAAGCCGAAUACUAUUAUCGACAACAACUGCUACUCCAUGAAAAUGAUUCAGAGUGUUAUCAUGGCCUUGGUUUAAUUUAUCGGACGAAAGGACAUCUUGAUUCGGCGUUAGUUUAUCAUCAUCAAGCAUUGGAACUUCAACUUCCUUCUGAUCAUAAAAAACUGGCUUAUAGUUAUGGUUAUAUUGGUGAAAUUCAUAUACGAAAAGACGAAAAUCAAUUAGCUUUGAAAUAUUUUAAAUUAGCGUUAUACAUGUUUACUAAUGAUCAGCCGAAUAGUGCAUGGUGCUGUCAUAACUUGGGUAUUUUGUAUCGAAAGCAAAAACAAUAUGAUUUAGCACUGAAAUACUUUCAUCGAACCUUAGAAAAACACCAGAAAUAUUUACCGAAAGGUCAUCCACACGAAGCCGCUACUAUUAAUCAGAUCGGUAUUAUCUAUCGUUGCCAGGGACAAUAUCUACAAGCAUUAGAACAACAUGAGAAAGCAUUGGAAAUGCGAUUAAAGUAUUUACCUGCACAACAUCCAUACAUUAGUCAAAGCUUUCAAACUAUUGGACUAUUAUAUCAAGAUAAAGGUGACAACGAACAAGCACUGUACUACUAUGAUCAAGCAGAAAAUAUAAUCAAAAAGGGUUCACCAUCGAAUCAUCGAAAGUUAACCACAAUUCAACAACAAAUUAAAAGUAUUAAAAUCACAACAACAGCAGAUUUUUUAUACACCGAUAAAAAGUUUUUAUGUAAAUCUUGA